UAUUUAAGCGGGUUAUUGUGACUUUAUAUUUUCCACCCCUUUAUCAAGUUUUUUUUUUUUCUUCUUCUUUUGCUUCUCUUUUCUAUACAUUUGGGUAAAAAAAAAAAAAAAAAGAUUUUUUUUUAUUACAGAGGAGAAUAUGAAAACUAGCAAAUUUAUAUUUUCACCAAAUGAACAGAAUGUAAAUAAGAAUCAUGCGACAACCCAACAACAAAAGAAGAGUGACGGUUCCCAAUCGACAAAUAAAAUCAUUUUGGAUUAUUUACUCUAUCUUUCGAUUCAAUCCAGAUUAAAACAAGCGCGUGUCGAAUUAUUAGAAUUAUCUUUACCCAUACUACAACAAGACGAUAGUAUUCAAGAACGACAACAACGUUGGAUUGAAACCGCAUCCAAAGCCGAACAAGAUAAAAACGCUGUCGAAUCCAUUGUGGCCGGUAUCUUGUCUAGUCAUUGCAACAAGACGCCUUCGUUUAAAAUAGACUGUCAUUUCGAACAACGUUUACAUUUAUGUCAACUCACCAACCUCGUAUUCGGAAGAUUCGAUGCUUUAUCCACCGGCCAACAUGUGAUUGCUCAUUCCUCCUCUCGUCGCAGAAGACAUGAAUCUCAUAUGGCCGUUGUCAUCGAAACAGACAUACAUGAUGAACCCUGCGAUAUCAAAAGACGUCAACGUAUUUUUUCAAAACCCAUCUUACCUCCUUAUUGCAGAAGACAUCGGGUCCAGAGUUGCUAUGGUUGUCGCUCACCUUAUUUAAAAACAAAACCUGACAAUGCUCUACUCAUGGGUCACCUUCAUAAACUAGAAGAAGAUGAAACCCACCACGACGAUUCACAGUCCUUCAGAACCUUAGACCUGGCUUCUAUUUCACCUCCUACUCCACCUGCAGGACUCAUUGAGGCCAUCCCCACUUUCCUCAGGACAAGUGCCGAUAUGUUAAGACGCGCAUUGGAAUCAGAGGAAGCCCACGAUGGAAAGCCCAUGAUGUUUGCCGGUCAAAAGGUCAUGGGUGGAGGCAUGCCUCCUCGAUGGUAUGAUCUCUUUUUAGAACUCUUGACUCAGGCUGCCAUCGAAAGUUACCUGUGUGACACACAAGCUGGCUUAGAACCCAUUUUCGAAAUAUUCUCCUAUGGCGAUGUGGAAGAUGAGGAUCAUGUCGACGAUGAGGUCUCUGAGGAUGAGGAUGAGGAAGAAGAAGAACAUGCAGAAGAACUUGAGUUGGAUGAAUGGGGUAUUCGUGCUGCAGACCACCACCUUUUAUUCCCCAAGACACGUACCAUGUACCUCUUUAAAACCCAAGUGCGAGAACGAGAGAAAGAUGUAUGUGUUUGACUUGAUUUGUAUUUGUUAUAAUAUAAAAGAUUAACCUUUUAUGUAAUCUCCUAGUUUCUUGUGGUGGAAGGCGUGGACUUGGACACACACUUUAAGAAAUUAGCACAACGGUUUCCUCUUGAGACGUUUGAAAAGAGUAUGGGUGACUUUAUCCAAAUGAUUUUAGAUUCAAUGGAUGUCCCUGCCCUGGACAAGGUAAAAAAAAAAAAAAAAUGUACCUUUUUUCUUAUCUUAUUGUUCAAACCUUAAUCCCCACUUUUAUUUAUAAAAAAAAAGCAGACGGUA